ACGUCGAGCAGCCCAUGUGAGCAAGCUUAGAUGCAACACAUGCAGCGGCAGCUGAGAAGGGAGCUAGAAGCCGGUUUGUACGUCACAGCCGGGAGUUAUCCCUGUUGAGAUCCGACGCAGGUCAAGUAACUGAAAUCCGGGAAUAGGAUACAGCGCGGCUGCAUAAAGCAGGAGGCGAGAAGAUGGCGGACGAUCCGAGUGCAGCAGACAGGAACGUGGAGAUCUGGAAGAUCAAGAAGCUUAUCAAGAGUUUAGAAGCCGCUAGAGGGAAUGGCACCAGUAUGAUCUCAUUGAUAAUUCCUCCAAAAGACCAGAUCUCACGGGUGGCAAAAAUGUUAGCUGAUGAGUUUGGUACUGCAUCAAACAUAAAAUCUCGUGUAAAUCGCCUCUCAGUCCUGGGUGCAAUUACAUCAGUGCAGCAGAGGCUUAAACUCUAUAAUAAAGUGCCACCGAACGGGCUAGUUGUGUACUGUGGGACAAUUGUUACAGAAGAGGGGAAGGAAAAGAAAGUAAACAUCGAUUUUGAGCCUUUCAAACCAAUCAAUACAUCUUUGUAUUUAUGUGACAACAAGUUUCAUACAGAGGCUCUUACUGCUCUCCUUUCUGAUGACAGUAAAUUUGGAUUUAUUGUGAUUGAUGGUAGUGGAGCACUUUUUGGCACUCUUCAAGGAAAUACACGAGAAGUAUUACACAAAUUCACAGUGGAUCUUCCAAAAAAGCAUGGUAGAGGAGGACAAUCUGCUUUGCGUUUUGCCCGCCUUAGGAUGGAAAAACGACACAACUAUGUGAGGAAAGUAGCAGAGACAGCAGUACAGCUAUUUAUCUCUGGCGACAAGGUGAAUGUUGCUGGUCUGGUGUUAGCCGGGUCAGCAGACUUCAAAACAGAGCUCAGCCAGUCAGACAUGUUUGAUCAGCGAUUGCAAUCAAAGGUUCUGAAGCUUGUCGAUAUUUCGUAUGGUGGAGAAAAUGGUUUUAAUCAAGCAAUCGAACUGUCAACAGAGGUCCUUUCGAAUGUGAAAUUUAUUCAAGAAAAGAAAUUAAUAGGGAGAUAUUUUGAUGAAAUUAGCCAAGACACUGGAAAGUAUUGUUUUGGUGUUGAGGACACGCUGAAAGCAUUGGAAAUGGGUGCUGUUGAAAUCCUGAUAGUUUAUGAGAACCUGGAUAUCAUGAGAUAUGUCUUGCGGUGCAACGGGGUUGAAGAGGACAAAAUUCUUUAUCUAACACCUGAACAAGAAAAGGAUAAAUCCCACUUUACUGACAAAGAGACUGGACAAGAACAUGAAUUAAUAGAGAGCAUGCCUUUACUAGAAUGGUUUGCUAAUAACUAUAAGAAAUUUGGAGCAACACUGGAGAUUGUUACAGACAAGUCACAAGAGGGAUCUCAGUUUGUGAAAGGAUUUGGUGGAAUUGGAGGUAUCUUGCGGUAUAGAGUAGAUUUUCAAGGAAUGGAAUAUCAAGGAACCGAUGACGAAUUUUUUGACCUAGAUGACUACUAGGUAGUCAACAUGGGUCUGGCAAUGUGCCUAGCCCUCCAGCAUCCAACCCAAGCAGAAGUUUCAUGAUGGAAACCAAACAGAUCCCCCUGCCUUAGAAAUGAACAUUUCAAGAACUUGAUCUAUAUGCAUUUGAUAUGAAAAGCAAAACACAUCAUUUUGUCACUAUAUAUAAUGCAACUGCAAGAUUCCCUAUGCCACUUCGGCAUUCACAAAAUUACUUUUUAUUUUUACUAAAAUUUAGUUGCUCUUGUAUUUUUAAGAUUUAUUUUUAUUCCUUGUACGCAGGCAAAACACUUUACCUACUUUAAACAUACAAGCAAAAUAUACACUGAUUAUCUAGUUCCUACCUAAUUGGGCAAAUACUACAUUGUUCAUUGACCCAUUUACAUUGUGUGCCAUCAUAAUAAAUUCAAGGAAAAAAUAAGAGGCUGAACAAAUUUGAUUUUGGGAUUAAGACUAAAUUUGCUUCAACAGUCCAUGCUGUAAUUAUUGGUGGUGGUACAGACUGUUUGUCAAAUUAACUUUUAUUUGAAAACUGAUUUGUUCAUCCAAUAUGCCGGAGCAUGUGUUGGAUUGGCCAAAAUAUUCAGAACCUUGGAGAUGCAAAUAACAGCGUAUUUAAUGUUAAAGUGCUCCUGUGUCAUCCAACAUACAGUGGCAAUGUAUUGCAUGCCUUGGUUUUUGUUAGACAUUCUGCAGAUCUGAACACUGAAGCCAGCAUUGAACAUGACCUUUGGAUGCCGUGGCCUUUAAUAUUUUGACUUCUAAAUACAUUAAAAUAGCAUCUGCUUAAUACAUA